GACGGGGAUUUCUGACGGGUCGGGGUGCUGGAGUUUCUCCGGGACGAUGGCGGAGCACCCCGAUCGCCGCUGCUGCCUGGGCUGGGACUUCAGCACGCAGCAGGUGAAGGUUGUUGCGGUCGAUACAAAGCUGGACGUUAUCUAUGAAGACAGUGUGCAUUUUGACAGAGACCUUCCAGAAUUCCGGACUCAAGGUGGGGUUCAUAUACACAAAGACAGGCUGACGGUCACCUCUCCAGUGCUGAUGUGGGUGAAGGCGCUGGAUGUGAUCUUGGAGAAGAUGAAGGCCUCUGGGUUUGACUUCUCUCAAGUCCUAGCUUUGUCUGGAGCUGGGCAGCAACAUGGAAGCGUAUACUGGAAGGUGGGGGCGGGCUUGACACUGAAGAAUUUGUCACCGGAGAGUUCAUUACACCAACAACUACAGAUGUGUUUCUCCAUCAGUGACUGCCCAGUGUGGAUGGACUCCAGUACCAGUGCCCAGUGCCGCCAGCUCGAGGCCACCCUGGGUGGGGCCCAGGCUCUCUGCCGUCUCACCGGCUCACGAGCGUAUGAGCGUUUUACAGGGAACCAGAUUGCAAAGAUUUACCAGCAAAACCCCGAGGCCUACUCCCAAACAGAGAGGAUUUCCCUGGUCAGCAGCUUUGCGGCUUCCCUGUUCCUGGGCUCCUACUCCCCCAUUGACUACAGUGAUGGCUCUGGAAUGAAUUUGUUGCAGAUCCAGGACAAAGUCUGGUCCCAGGCCUGCCUUGGCGCCUGUGCCCCCCAUUUAGAGGAGAAGCUUGGCCUGCCCGCACUGCCCUGCUCAGUCCUAGGAGCCAUUUCUUCCUACUAUGUCCAACGCUACGGAUUUUCUCCAGAAUGCAAAGUGGUGGCUUUCACUGGGGACAACCCAGCAUCAUUGGCAGGCAUGAAACUGGAGGAAGGCGACAUUGCGGUCAGCCUGGGGACCAGCGACACGCUCUUCCUGUGGCUCCGGGAACCCACACCUGCCCUGGAAGGCCACAUUUUCUGCAACCCAGUUGACCCCCGCCAUUAUAUGGCACUUCUGUGUUUUAAAAAUGGCUCCCUAAUGAGAGAGAAGAUUCGAGAUGAGUCAGCUUCCGGAUCCUGGAGUGACUUCUCCAAGGCCCUGCGGUCUACAGAGAUGGGAAAUGGGGGAAACCUAGGUUUUUAUUUUGAUGUAAUGGAAAUCACCCCUGAAAUGACUGGGCGUCACAGGUUUAAUAUAGAAAACCAGGAGGUGGCGGCCUUCCCCAGGGACGUGGAAAUCCGAGCCUUGAUCGAAGGACAAUUCAUGGCCAAGCGGAUUCAUGCGGAGAGUUUGGGCUACCAAGUCAUGCCCAAGACAAAGAUUUUGGCUACAGGUGGGGCGUCACACAAUACAGACAUUCUACAGGUGCUGGCUGAUGUCUUUGGUGCCUCCGUGUAUGUCACAGACACUGCCAACUCGGCCUGCGUGGGCUCAGCCUACCGGGCUUUUCAUGGUCUUGCAGGUGGGGCAGAUGUGCCUUUCUCAGAAGUUGUGAAGUCAGCUCCAAAACCCAGACUGGCUGCUACCCCAAGCCUGGGAGCCACACAGGUCUAUGAGGCUCUCCUUCCUCGGUACGCCAAGCUGGAACAGAGAAUCUUGUCCCAGACACAGGGUCUCUGAGGUAAAUUUUCUGGGGCACAGGCUCCCCACUCUCCCACCCCCCAGCCCGUGUCCAUUGCUACCUCGCCUCAGUUGCAGGAGGAACUCCUUCCUUUGAUGUGUUUCCCUGCCAUGCAGGGUUAACGCCAAUCUGGGCUUGGAUCAUGAUCAGGACUUUGCCAGGGUGCCUCACACCUGUCAUCUUAGUGAAUCAGGAGGCUGAGAUCUGAGGAUCGCAGUUCCAAGCCAGCCUGGGCAGGAAUGUCUGGAAGACUUUCUCCUCUCCAAGGGACCACCAAAAAGCCGGAAUUGGAGGUUGUGGUUCAAGUGGCAGGGUGCCACUGUUGCUAGAGGUGAAGGCAGCCUGAAAGGGGGGUGGUGAUCUUGGAAGCUUGGUAGACAGAAGGAGAAGA